AAUCCAACCAACACAUUGUGAUUGUGGUGGGAAGAAAAGAAUAAUUUAAAGGGAGGGUAGCAGCAUGGUAAGGGAGGAGGGCAAUAACGUAAUUUGAGUGGUUGUGAAAUUUACUUGACAGGCAAUCUUUGUCUCAUAUGCAAUAGAGUUACACCCAAGGCAGCACACAACACAGCCAUUCCCAAAGAGAAACAAACACAGUUGCAUUGUUGCAAUUGCAACUAAAAUCCGCGCCUGGGAUCGCACCUUCAUUUCAAAACCUGCUCCAUUUUUUUCUUUCUUUCUUUCGCUUCCGUAGCUCUAUCUCUAAGCGUGCACGCGCGCGUCUAGUGCAAUUAUUAGUUAGUUUGAUUAGAAUGGUGAACGGUGAAAAGUGAAUUCCAGAAAGAAGAGAAUGGCAAGUAGUGGUGCUGCUGCUACAUCGGCGUCGCAGAGUGAUGGAAUUAGUAGUAGAAUGGAAGGCUGGUUGUACCUUAUAAGAUUCAACCGUAUUGGACUUCAGUUCUCGCGGAAGCGUUACUUCGUUCUCGACGGUAACCUUCUUCGCAGCUUCAAAUCCGUUCCUGUUUCAAAUAAUCAGGAUCCUGUUAGAAGCGCGAUUGUAGAUUCCUGCAUUCGAGUCAUGGAUAAUGGAAGAGAGAGCGUUAACAGAAAAGUGUUCUUCAUAUUCACUCUCUAUAAUACUUUGAAUCACAAUGAUCAGUUAAAGUUUGGAGCAAGCCGUCCUGAGGAAGCAGCGAGGUGGAUUCAGUCCUUUCAUGAAGCAUCGUUAAAGGGUGCGCCUGAUGGAGGAGAUGAUACUGUAGGUUGUUCUAAGAGGAGAUGGCAAUCCUUUAGACUCAGUGGAUCUUCCAGUAGUAGAAGUCACCCAAAUUCUGUUGACUGGACUCUUUCUUCUGCUGAUGUUAUUGCCCCUUCACCAUGGACAAUCUUUGGCUGCCAAAAUGGUUUACGACUAUUCAAGGAAGCAAAAGACAGGGAUUCUAGUGGGAAGAAAUGGGAUGAUCACCCUGCAAUAAUGGCUGUUGGUGUGGUUGAUGGAACUUCAGAAGCCAUCUUCCAGACUCUUAUGUCGCUUGGUCCUUCAAGAUCAGAAUGGGAUUUCUGUUUCUACAAAGGAAAUGUGGUGGAGCACUUGGAUGGUCACACUGACAUUAUUCACAAACAACUAUUUAGCGAUUGGUUGCCUUGGGGAAUGAAACGAAGAGAUCUCUUGUUGCGGCGUUAUUGGAGGAGAGAAGAUGAUGGAACUUAUGUUAUUCUUUACCAUUCCAUGUUUCACAAGAAGUGCCCUCCCCAGAAAGGCUAUGUGCGUGCUUGCCUUAAAAGUGGAGGGUAUGUUAUAUCACCAGUGAACAAAGGAAAGCAAUCAGUUGUAAAGCAUAUGCUUGCUAUUGAUUGGAAAUGCUGGAGAUUAUAUCUUAAAUCUUCAUCAGCACAUUCCAUAACCAUUCAAAUGCUUGGGAGAGUUGCUGCAUUACGGGAAUUAUUUAAAGCUAAACUAGGAAAUUGUUCUUCAUCUGAUUAUUCAUCUGGAGAGUUGACGAGAAACAGAGAGCUUCAUAUAAAGGAAGAACACAUCAUAAAUUCUGAUACUGAAAUUCAAGCAGAUGAGAACAAUCAUGAUAUUUCAGUUGGAGAAGUAGAUCAAACGCAAUCAGAACAUGCAAGCCUUGUUACUCUAAAUGAUGCUGAUGAUGAGUUCUAUGAUGUUCCGGAGCCAUCAGACUGUGACGUGUCAGAAAAUGGAUGGAUGACUGAAUGUAGCCACCAGAAGUCUCAGGAGAUUCGUCAUCAGAAGUUAUCAACUGCUGCCAACUUUGUGAAAAGAUUGCAUGAUCUUGCAGUUCAGAAGAGGGGUUAUGUUGACUUGCAAGAAAUGGUCAGGGAGGACAGUAUCACAUGCUCGUAUGGAUCCACUCUUCCACAAGAUUCUACUUGUACAUUACCAUGUAGUUUGACAGAAACAGAUCCUUCUACUUUCCUGAUACGUGGAGAAAAUUAUCUUGAAGACCGCCUGAAGGUUAAAGCAAAGGGAACCUUGAUGAAAAUGGUUGCUGCAGAUUGGGUGAGAUCUGACAAAAGGGAAGAUGACCUUGGUGGCCGUCCUGGGAGCAUUGUGCAGAAAUAUGCAGCACAGGGAGGGCCUGAGUUCUUUUUCAUUGUAAACAUUCAGGUUCCAGGUUCUACUACAUAUAGCCUAGCACUAUACUAUAUGAUGAAUACUCCCGUGGAAGAUGCUCCUUUGCUAGAGAGUUUUAUCAAGGGUGAUGAUGCCUUCAGAAAUUCCAGAUUUAAACUUAUACCAUACAUAUCUAAGGGUUCAUGGAUAGUAAAGCAGAGUGUGGGAAAGAAGGCAUGCCUAGUUGGUCAAGCACUGGAAAUCAAUUAUUUCCAGGGAAGUAACUAUUUGGAGCUUGGAGUUGAUAUUGGAUCAUCAACUGUCGCAAGAGGUGUUGUGAGUCUUGUCCUUGGGUACCUCAACCAUCUGGUUAUAGAGAUGGCAUUUUUAAUACAGGGAAACACACGUGAAGAGCUCCCUGAAUUUCUCCUUGGAACUUGCCGCCUUAACCAUCUGGAUGCCUCUAAAGCUGUUUGUCUGACGCCAUGAUUUUUAAUCAAACUCUUGACAAGUACGUUGUGGAGGAGAGAAUUUCCAAGUUGCAAAUGUAGAUAAUUGAAAUUCUAGAUUCUUGUCUCCACAAACUCACUUUCAGAAGUCAUUCAUUUUUGUUCAAUCGAUUUGAAUCUGGCAGCAGUUUAUGGUGCUGUGAGCAUUGUUAGGAAUUAGGAUGGAUGGUGUGGGGGGACGAAUCUUUGUAAAAUGAAAAGUUGCAUUUUUUAUUAUUAUUAUUCCUUUGAUUUAAAUACGCCAUUCUUUCCUUUUGCAUGUGUCCAUGUUGGGUGUGUCGAAUCCAGGCAAUGAAAUAUUGGUAUUUAUUUCUUUGGAAAAAUGGCGUGCGCAUCGGGGAGAAAAGAUUUCAUUUUCAUUU